AUGGCUCUGGGCCCUUCAUCUGGUCUCCUUCCCAAGCAGGCGCUCCUCACUGCCAUCAGCCAGGGCUUCCGGGCACCUGCCAAGCCCCUUCACAACAGAGAGACUGAGUCUAGGGAAGAGCCUGACAGCAAGCAUCCCCCAUCUCAAGGGAGGAAGAUUCAUCUGACCAGAGUGAGCAGCCUGCAUGGAGCUGGCAAGGGCUGGAGGUGCCAGGAACAUCAGGAGAGCAGCCGGGGCCCUGCAGAAGUGGAGGGACCACCCAGGCUCAGAGCCAUGCCUGGGUCCCGAUGCCAACCCAAGAAUCAUGGCUCCAGCUCUGACCCACUGGGGCCAAGGCCCACUGGCAAUGGCAUCGAUGUCUGCAUUGGAAAAGCAAAUGUUCCACAAGCAGAGCCGCCCCCCUCUUCCCUGAGGUCUGUUUCUCCCCGGAAAGCCGAAGACCUCAUCACGGCCCCCCUCUCAUCCGACUCCGUGCGCGGGGCAGGGGGAGCCCGGUGGUCCGGCGUGGCCCUGACGGCCUCCAAGAAGAGGUCACGCGCGUUCCCCGCCCCAGUUUGGAGUGUCGUCGUGUGA